ACUACACAUGUAGAGAAAGACUUUGUGUAAUAUCCUAUUAAACGCAACUUUGGAAAACAUGAGCAGGUCCUCUCUUUGUUGGGAAAAGAAUGGUCUGAAGAAGGGUCCAUGGACAGCAGAAGAAGAUCAAAAGCUAGUUGAUUAUAUCCAAAAGCAUGGUCAUGGGAGAUGGAGAACCCUCCCCAAGUAUGCUGGACUCAAGAGGUGUGGAAAGAGUUGCCGGCUUCGGUGGACAAAUUACUUGAGACCAGACAUUAAGAGAGGGAAGUUCUCAAUUGAGGAAGAAGAGAACAUAAUACAAGCGCAUAGUGUCAUUGGAAACAAGUGGUCUGCUAUUGCGGCUCGGUUGCCAGGAAGAACAGACAACGAGAUCAAGAACUACUGGAACACUCACAUAAGAAAAAAACUACUGAGGAUGGGUAUUGAUCCUGUCACUCAUGCACCAAGGCUCGAUCUCCUCCAACUCUCCUCUUCAUUACUCAUGAAACCCCCUCCAUUUGAUCUUCCAGGCCUUCUUAGUAUUCCAUCUUUGCUUAAUCCAGACAUUCUUAGUCUCGCCACCACUCUCAUGUCUUGCCAAGAAAACUUCAACACCCAAGAAAUGGUAACUACUAUGCAAAACUUGCAUCAAAAUCAGCUUCAAAGUCCAUUUCUACCACAAUCCCAACUCAACCAAGUCACCAACUCUAGCUCAAUAAUGCCUAAUUUUGGGCAUGAUAUUGCUGUUAAUCGAUAUCAGCCUUACAAUAACCUAGCAAAUUAUGGUUAUGAUGAGUUGAAACACGGCACGGUGUCUCAAAACGGGGCGUUUUGGUGCAACAAUAUAGGGUUUGGAUCAUCGAGCUCGAUUACUCCGUUGAAUUCUUCUGGUACGAGUUUCAUGAACGGGUGCACAAUUACUGAGGAUGAGAGGGCUAGUUACUGCAGUAAAACUUUGACGUUUGAUUUUCCAAUGAGUGGAUUGGAUGUCAAUAGAUUUGCAUAAUCAAAUUCCCUAGGAGAGCAGGUUGUGAUUUAAUUUGUUGAUGUUGAGGGAUACCCAACUUAGUUAUUAUGCUUGGAAUCUAUUGAUUGUAACUGUAUCAUCUCUCUGUUUGAGCUUUUUAAUUUUGUUUAAUAGAUUUGUUUCCUUAACUAGUUUGGUCAAAACAUUAUUCUGUUCA